CCGAUGCUGUCUGCUCAGCUGCCUGAGCGCGCCAUCCGUCGGCUAUGGACUGGGCAACGAUGUUUCGUGGUCCUUGCUAGGUCUUUACACUCAACCUCUGCAGCGAACGCGAUACCCGUAGCCACCACGUCGGCUACCGCGGAGUCUGCAGCCCCCGCCAAAUGGACGCCGCAGUCCCUCCGUACUGGCCUUAUAGCGCGCAAGAGGUUCAUGACCGCCAUGUGGGACGACUUAGGGGCGCGUGUUCCUGUCACCGUGCUUCAGAUAGAAAACUGCCAAGUCACCGCGAAUAUCGUGACCAAACGCAAGGAUGACACGGAAUACCACGCGGUGCAGGUAGCGGCGUCGGACAAGUCCCCGAAGAACACGACGCAUCAGAUGAGGGGGCACUUCCGGAAAGCUGGCGUACCGAACAAGGCUAUUGUACGGGAGUUCCCUGUUACACCCGACGCUCAUGUCCCCGUUGGCACCACGUUGUCCGCGAUACACUUCGUACCAGGGCAAUAUGUCGACGUCGUGGCGAAAUCCAUUGGAAAGGGUUUCGCGGGUACCAUGAAGCGCUGGAACUUCAAGGGUCUCCGCGCCAGUCACGGCGUUUCCGUCUCCCAUCGUUCGGCAGGUUCUACUGGUGCUCACCAAGACCCCGGCCGCGUCUGGCCGGGCAAGAAGAUGGCGGGCCACCUCGGCAACGAGCGCGUCACGACGCAGAACCUCCGCGUCAUACGCGUCGAUACGGCGCUGAACCUCAUUUUCCUCAAGGGCUGCGUCCCGGGUGUUGACGACGCGCACGUCAUGAUUAAGGACUCGAAGAAGAUUAUGCACAACAUCGCACAGGCGGCGCAGGCUCGAGGGAGGUUGGACCGAAUUUUGCCGAAGGGCGUGGUUGACCUGCCCUUCCCGGCAGGGACGGCGGAGAUGGCGAAGGCAUUACCGCCGGUUAUUGAGGCUACAUCACCUAGGAUAAAGAGCCCUUUCACCCCGCAGGAGUGAUUUGACUUGCAUUGUCGUCUAUCGUAUAGGCUCUGCACAUAAUGGAGCGACGUGCCAUUCUCGAUU